UGAGAUAUUUCAACAAAAMACAAUCAUCUGCUACCAAAUCCUUUAGAAUUUCGCUUAUUUUGCGCUUGUUUAGUGCUAUUUAAUGUAUUUUCGCUUGACUUGAGUUUCAAACAAUGUAUAAGCUACGUUGUCCGUGCUUGAAUAUCACAAUCCAUGCCCAGAAAGGUGGCGAAAGGGAAGCAGAAGGGAAAACGUUUCUCUCCAAAGCGACMACAUCGUCAUUCUUUGCAGACAACGUUCUAGAGAUAAAGCUUGCAGUUGGUGGGAUUAUUAAGGAAGUCCCAACCCUUGUUCAUACUUCGCAUGCAGAGGAUUGGGAUAUAUAUAAAUGUGUCAACUGUAACACAGAAGUUUAUUCCUUGCACUCAGUAAAGGGAUUUGACAGAGUCCUUGUUAACAAAAAGUUAGAGAGCAAUGCAGAUAAAAUUAAAGAGCUUGCUUUGUCUAGUGACUUCUCUCCUGCCUUUAAAAUCAUCCUGAGGACAGCCAGACAAGAACAAGAAAAAGAUGGAGGACAUGCAGUCUUAGCUAACAGAGAUCAGCUGGUUCACUCCAUGAAUAGUAUACAAGAUUUAAUUAAGAAAUAUUUAACUGUUGAGGAAUUAGCAAUGGAAAAAAGGAUACGGGAAUAUACGGCCGAACAGAAAAAACUAUUUGGUGAAUUGAAAGCAAGAGCCUUUCAGGACAAGACGACAAUCUGCAGAGUGCUUUCUGAUGUUGAUGCAAGUUUAAUGGCAAGCUCAUUACAUGAAGCAAUGGAUGAAACAACAGACAUGUUUUCAAACAAUUUGGACUUGAAGGCUGUUCAGAAGCCAACUCACAAUAUAUCACUUAUUCACAAGGAAAUCAAUCGACCACCUUUCAAAUUCAAUGGUCAAUCACCGAACAAGUCUCCUGUAACUCAGAAGAAAACARUACAAGCACGUAAGAUUAAUGUACGGACUUCACCAUCUUCUGCUACAGAUGCUGAUCCUAUGUUUGCCUUGGAUGGAUUCAAUGAUGACUGUGAACCAUUUUUUGAAUCUGAAGAAGAUGAGCUCAGCAGUAGCGAUAACAGUUUUCAAAUGGAAGAAACUGCAGUUCCUCGUCAGGUUUCUGCUCUAAAGAAAUCUGUGUAUUCAUCUUCUGUUCCUAUAAGUCUGCCAAUGGGAGCCAGAACUGCACAUUCAUGGGAAGAUGAGGACGAUGAYAAGAUGGAAAUCCCAGAGCCAAGUAAGAUUGGUGAGUCAAUGAAGGCUCUGGCACGCAGUGUUCAGUAUAACACUGAAGAGUUAUUUGGUGAACUUCCUCGGCCAAGACUGUUCACUGAACCUCGCCCUGCUUAUCGGUAGCCGUGGUUACCAUGACCWGCACAUUKGUAGCGAUGGUUGAACAGCUAUGUUUYAUGCCAAAAUUCUUGGACCAGCAUAUCAGUAGUCAUAGUGAUAUUUAUGAUGAAAGCAAACUUUGAUAGUUGUAUCUAUGGUGAUGGCUGMUAUGGUGUAUUGCUUGUAAUCAAGUGUUAGAAAAACAGAGUAUCCAAGAAUAUAAUUUAUUUCUGGUGGUUGUUUUGGUGCAAUUAUUAUUUUGGAUAAUAUGUUGUCAUAGAAACAGAUGCAUUUCUUCCAACUAACCACCUUAACAACAUUGUAUUUACCAGUCCACUGUAGGACUUGUUUGAUUUACUGAUGUGGUAUUUGGUGUGGUGAAAAUAAUAAGAAAAAUUGAAAUAGAAAAAUCAAAAUCAAAUUAUAAUAAUUACAAAAAGCUAUAUAAAAAGUGCCAGGUUUUCACAAUACAUGUAUAUAGUGUGAAUUACAAAACAUUGGCAAUUAGAGAAUAAAUUAUUUUUAUUUACA